CUCUGCGUGGGAGAGAGAGGGAGAGAGAUACAGAGAGAUACAGAGAGAUUCAGUCCUUCAAGAAGAAGAAGAAGAAGAAGAGAUGUCUGACCUAGACCGCCAAAUUGAGCAGUUGAAGAAUUGCGAGCCGCUCAAGGAGUUUGAAGUUAAAGCUCUUUGUCUAAAGGCCAUUGAAAUCCUCGUCGAAGAGAGCAAUGUUCAGAGGGUUGAUGCCCCUGUUACUAUAUGUGGAGACAUCCAUGGGCAGUUUUAUGAUUUGAUAGAGCUUUUUAAAGUAGGAGGCGAUUGUCCAAAGAGCAACUACUUAUUUCUUGGCGAUUUUGUUGACAGAGGAAUAUACUCAGUUGAGACAUUUCUACUAUUACUUGCUCUGAAGGUUAGAUAUCCAGACCGGAUAACUCUUAUUAGAGGGAACCAUGAAAGCCGUCAAAUCACACAGGUUUAUGGAUUUUAUGACGAGUGCCUUUGCAAAUAUGACUCUGUGAAUGUUUGGAAAUACUGUACUGAUGUUUUUGAUUACUUAAGUCUCUCGGCUCUUAUUGAAAACAAGAUAUUUAGUGUCCAUGGUGGUCUCUCUCCAGCCGUAACAACAUUAGAUCAGAUCAGAACAAUUGAUAGGAAACAAGAAGUACCUCACGAGGGUGCCAUGUGUGACCUUCUGUGGUCUGAUCCUGAAGACAUUGUAGAUGGCUGGGGUUUGAGUCCUCGAGGAGCUGGUUUCCUGUUUGGUGGCAGUGUAGUGACUUCAUUUAACCACACGAACAACAUCGAUUAUAUUUGUCGGGCUCAUCAGCUGGUAAUGGAAGGAUUUAAAUGGAUGUUUAAUAAUCAGAUAGUUACAGUCUGGUCAGCUCCUAAUUAUUGUUACAGAUGUGGUAAUGUAGCUGCUAUACUUCAACUGGAUGAAAACCUUAAUAAACAGUUUCGUGUCUUCGGUGCUGCUGAACAGGUUGAUGGUAUGAAUAUAGGCCUAACUCUGGGUUUAAAUCAACGAAACGGAACUCUUGGGCUGUCUCUUUCAGAAUGCGGAUGCAAUGUCGAACAUAUCUCCAUACACGUGCACGGUGGCGCAUCUUGGCUUUACCAAGGGUUGGUUGAUGCUUUUGAAGGGAAAAUAGAGUCAACAGUUGAAGAUAAUAUUUCCAAAAAAAUUGGAGAAGGGGUAGUAAAGCUCGACUCGUCGUUGGGGUCACUUCCACGAGAAAUCUCGCUAGCUCAUGUUGCGGUUCUAAACGUCACUUUUGUGGGGAGCCCUGUGUUGUCCUCUUCUUCCAUUGAAUUCAAAAUUGAUGGUUUAUUCAGCCCUUCUAAGAAGACAAUAGUUUCUAGCUAUAACCGAGGCGAUACCGAAGAUUCCAGCAAUGGAAUAUCUCGACGUGAAAAUAUUCUCGACUCAGCUUCUCGUGUUCCCUUUAUAUAUCUCCGUAAUGAAACUGAAGGUUCUGUCUGCAAUGCUUCAGCUAAGAUGCUUGAGAUCUCUCUACAUGAAAGUGUCCUCAACUCUGCAUCACAAGUUAUCUUUGAAGAGAAUUAUAUGCACUGGAUCGUGGACAAAAUUCCCGACCAGCACCUUUUGAACACUGCAGCAUGGAAAUGGAUUAUUCCUCUACUCUACAGGCAGUAUCCAGAUGACGAUAUUGUCCUGAAUAUCUCCGCCUCCUCUCCACCUUCCUUGAGACUGCGAGACCAAGAUAUCGCUGCCUCGAUUUACGUCGACAUGAUUAUCGAGGUUGUAAACAAUGAUGAAGUUAUACCGGUUGCUUGCAUUUCGUUGGAAGUUACUGCCUCUUUUUCUCCAGUAAUCUUGGAGAAGAAUUUGGUUGGUCAUGUAACCUUGGAAGAUCUUUCAUUGUCUUUGAAAUGGAGCAAGAUUGGUCGUAUUCAUCUUUAUCUAAUUGAGAGGACCCUUGUGGGGUUGAUCAAAACAGUCGUGGUACCGUUUGUCGACCUGUAUCUCUUAAAAGGAGUCCCGUUGCCAAGUUUUCAUGGAUUAGCCCUCGAGGACGUCGAAAUGGCUUUCAAUUCUUCAAGGAUCAUCAUGUGCAGCGAUGUUGCCUUAAGUGAAGGGUUUAGGCAGCUAAAAGCAUCGAUGUGACCGUCAUACACGGCUACUUACGUGUAAAUUUUCUCGUUCAUGUGAAUAGUUAGAAGCAGAAGAAAGUUGAAAGAGGAAACCCAUUUAUUUGUAAACACGUAAUAAAACUAUAGACCUGCCUCGACCCAACCCGACCCAUGCAUAUGUAAUUAGGUCAAAGAAGCUCGUGCCCCUUUCCAUCGUUCACGUCCCUACAACUAGAAAUUGAAUGGGGAAUGUUGAUAUUAGAAUGUAGAAUUUAUGCAUCAAUGAUGUUGACUAUGUCUAGGUAAAGGCAAGACACUCAUGCACGGCUGUCAGGGACAUUGCUAGUUUAAAGACUAUGAAACAUACAUAUGAUAAUUAUAUUUAAUUUCGUAGA